GCAUUGCAAGAUUUCACAAAAGGGCGUGGUCAGUCGUGGUGGGCGGGGAAAUGUGAGACAAGUCUCUGCUAAUUCGAUGCUUUUCGCAAUACUUGCUGCGAGGUCUAGAAGCGCAAGUGAGUGACGGGCUCUGAGCAAUUAGUUCCACAGACUGCUGCCCGCACCACAAGUCCACACAUACGGCUUCCAACCCUCAUCCAAGCUGCACCCGGAGUCACGCAUGAUAAUGAUUAUUAUGGGCUUUAGUCGGCAGUAGUUACAAUUCUUAUCCUGUGGAUUUCAUUUGCAUUCGGUAUCAAACCACAUCAGCAAUACAUUGAGGGUAAAUCAGCUCAGUUCAUCCUCGGAGCCCUUUGCAGGACCUUGGACAGAGGCUCUGCAAUCAAGGAAGUGGAAUGAAGCCCAUAAUCUGUAUCACCCUUUAAAAUAGGUCAAGUUCACAUAACUGAGAAGCUCCAGAGUAAAUCCUAACUGCAAUCAUGGGAACCGUCCUGUCAUUGUCUCCAAGCUACAGGAAAGCAGGCUUGUUUGAAGGUGUCUCAACUGGUGUAGGCCACUACACAGCUGUCCAGAACAGCAAAAAUGGGAAAUCUCUUAAAAAGUAUCCAUUUAUAUCUGCCUUUCCAUGGAAACGGCUGGUGGCAGCAUCUUCCAAAAACAGACAAGCUAAGAAGUCUCAACCCAACAAUAGUUACCAGAACAUAGUCACCUACCUCAAUAACAAGAACUUACAUAGCUCCCUCUCUUGUGCCAACCUUUACAGUUAUCCAGAUGAACCUCAAGACUGCCCACCCAAGAUAGAUGUGUCUUGUGUCACUAAAACUGAGCCACCUCAGCUGGAACAAUUGUCUCUAAAUCAAGUAUUAGUGCAAGCAUCCACUAGUGAACUGCUCAGAUGUUUGGGAGAGUUUCUCUGUCGCAGAUGUUACAAAUUAAAACAUCUUUCAUAUGCAGACCCAGUUUUGUGGCUGAGAAGUGUAGACAGAUGCCUCCUCCUUCAAGGGUGGCAGGACCAAAACUUUAUCACCCCAGCCAAUGUGGUUUUUCUCUACAUGCUUUGUCGGGAUGUCAUAUCAUGUGAGCUUGCUAGUGAGGAGGAAUUGCAAGCAGCAUUAUUGACUUGUGUCUAUCUGUCGUAUUCAUACAUGGGCAAUGAGAUCUCCUACCCACUGAAGCCCUUCCUGGUGGAAAACUCAAAGGAUGACUUCUGGGACCGCUGUUUAUCUGUCAUUGGGCGUAUGAGUCCCAAGAUGUUGAAAAUUAAUGCAGACCCUCAGUUUUUCACUCAGGUCUUUACUGACUUGAAGGGAGAAGGAGAACUGGAGGACAAUAAUCAGCUUAUAAUAGGACUAGAUAGAUGAAAACAAAUAUGAACUGAGGACGUCAGAAACAGAUUAAGUAAUAUGAACCUUUAUGCCUUGCUGGGAAAAGGCAGAGAGAGUGUAAAUACUUCUAGUUUACCAGUUAAAUGCAGUGCUAUAGGUGUGAAAUAGUUGCAAUACAAUUCUCUGCAGCUGUCCAGAAAUGUCGUACAGUCCAAACAAUACUUAGCUCUAAAAGAGUUGAAAUGCAAUGUUCUGCAGAGUUCUAGGCAAUCAUUUGGAAGGAUCUUGUCACACAGUUUAUAAUAUAAUGU